AUGGUGGAAACUGCGUCAUCCCGAGCAGGGCCUCUCGAUGGGAACGCCGCUUUGGCAGAGCCCAGCAUAUGGCAUGGGAGUACCCUACGAUUGGAAUGUGGCUUUGCAAACCCCGUCGGACAAGUUGACGAGAACGUCCGACGGGGAGGAAUCACGUUCUUCCAUCCAGGAGGAUCGGCAGCUAUGGGUCAAGUGGUCGACAUUCAACUGCGGGUUCAGGGCGUCAAGGGCCUGCGAGUCACAGAUGCCAGCGUACUGCCCGUGCCCAUCACCGGGCAUUACCAGGCCAUCCUGUAUGCGCUGGCCGAGAAAGCGGCGGACCUGAUUUCAGUCUAG